AUGUCCUUAGACUCAUACUAUCUUGGGUUUGAUCUCUCCACUCAGCAGCUAAAAUGUCUUGCUAUUGACCAGAACCUGAAAAUUGUUCAUUCGGAGACCGUUGAAUUCGAAAAGGAACUUUCUCACUAUCACACAAAGAAGGGUGUAUAUAUACAUGGCGAUACUAUUGAAUGUCCUGUGGCUAUGUGGUUAGAGGCGCUAGACCUGGUUCUCUUGAAAUAUCACAAGGCUAAGUUUCCCUUGGAGAGAGUUAUGGCCAUCUCAGGGUCUUGCCAGCAACAUGGAUCUGUUUACUGGUCCUCUCAAGCUGAAUCUCUAUUAGAACAAUUGAAUAGGAAAUCGGAGAAAGAUUUAUUACACUACGUGGGCCCUGCAGCGUUUUCGAGGCAAACCGCGCCCAAUUGGCAAGAUCGUAGUACCGCUAAGCAAUGCCAAGAAUUUGAGCAGUGUGUUGGUGGGCCUGAGAAAAUGGCACAAUUAACGGGGUCCAGGGCCCAUUUUAGAUUCACUGGUCCUCAAAUCCUCAAAAUUUCUCAAUUAGAGCCAGAAACUUACGAGAAAACAAAAGCCAUUUCUCUAGUAUCUAAUUUUUUAACUACUAUCUUAGUAGGUCAUCUUGUUGGACUGGAAGAAGCAGACGCCUGUGGUAUGAAUCUUUAUGAUAUACGUGAGAGAAAAUUCAGUGAUGAGCUGCUAAACUUAAUUGACAGCUCUUCCAAGGACAAAACGAUCAGACAGAAACUAAUGGGGACACCAAUGAAAACUAUGAUCGUAGGCACCAUCUGUAAAUAUUUUGUUGAGAAGUACGGUUUUAACGCGAAUUGCAAAGUUUCCCCCAUGACUGGUGAUAAUCUAGCAACUAUAUGUUCACUGCCCUUGAGGAAGAACGACGUGUUGGUUUCCCUCGGGACAAGCACUACAGUUCUUCUGGUUACGGACAAGUAUCAUCCAUCACCAAACUAUCAUCUUUUUAUUCAUCCAACUCUGCCAGGUCAUUAUAUGGGUAUGAUUUGUUACUGUAAUGGUUCUUUGGCAAGGGAGAAAAUUAGAGAACAGUUAAAUAGCGAACAUGCUGAAAAAAGUGAUGACUGGGCACUUUUUAAUCAAGCUGUAUUAGACGACUCAGAAAACAAUGAUAACGAAUUAGGAGUGUAUUUUCCUCUAGGAGAAAUAGUUCCUAGCGUCAAAGCAGUGGAAAAAAGGGUCAUCUACGAUACAAAAACAGGUAGGAUCGAAAGAGUGGUGGAAAAGUUCAAAGACAAGACGCACGACGCCAAGAAUAUUGUAGAAUCACAGGCUCUGAGCUGCCGAGUAAGAAUAUCUCCUUUACUUUCAGAUUCAAACACAAGAUCGGAGCAGAAACUUAAUGAAGAUACAAUCGUUAAAUUUGACUAUGACGAAUCUCCUCUGCGGGAGUACCUUAACAAAAGACCAGAGAGAACUUUUUUUGUGGGUGGAGCUUCCAAAAACGAAGCUAUCGUAAAGAAAUUUGCUCAGGUUAUUGGUGCUACAAAGGGUAAUUUUAGGUUAGAAACACCAAAUUCAUGUGCUCUUGGCGGUUGUUAUAAGGCUAUGUGGUCAUUUCUAUAUGACUCAGAUAAAAUUACAGCACCAUUCGAUAAAUUCCUAAAUGAGAAUUUCCCAUGGCAUGUAAUGGAAAGCGUUUCCGAUGUAAAUAAUGAAAAAUGGGAUCGUUAUAAUUCAAAGAUUGUCCCAUUAAGUGAAUUAGAAAAGACUCUAACCUAA